AUGAUUCCUGUGGUAGUGUUUAUUUAUUCUGUGAUCCAUCUACCAACACAUGCAACUAUAAAGGAUGCAGUAACUCAGAUUAUAUCAAAGAGUAAGAACUUUAGAAGGGGACAUCAGUCGCUUACCCAUUAUUGUUUUAGUUGGGAUACAAAAUUUAGAUCUAUUCCAGUGAGAUGCAACAAUACAAGUUACUGUCCAGACAACAACUCAAAAUGUCUUCCUCUUCUUCCAGUUGGGGCUCAAUGUGAUUUACAAAGAGAUGAUGAAUGUUCAGGAUCAAAUGCUAUUUGUCUUAAUUCAACAUGUUUCAUCAAGGGAGCGCCCUUAGGUGGCAAUUGUGGUGCAGAUACUACAGUCUACUACUCACAAGAUGCAGAUGAAAACCUCAUUCAACAGACGAUUAUCCGAGAUAACUGUACAGAUGGUACUUACUGCCUGAAUUCUGUCUGUGUCAUGUCUAAACCACUCAGCUCGCCUUGCGAUCAAGACCGUGAGUGUCUGUCUGGUUCAUGUUCAAAUAACGGUGUCUGUAUCCAGGGGCCAGACGUAUUCCAUGUCAUCAAACCUUGGCUCUGGGGUGUCCUUGGUACGUCCGUAUUCGUAUUUGUCAUCCUUGUUCUUGGUUUACUUUGGAUCUUGCAUCGCUAUCAGUCCAAGAAAGAACAUGCAAAGAUUGCUAAAUUCUUUGAAGAUAACGAAGAGUUUGCCAAAUAUGCAAUGUUGGAUGAUGACAACGACUCAUAUCAAGAUGAUGAUUCAAGGGCCAACAUGAAUGACAGUCGAGCCAGUGUCCUGUUCUUGACUACGCCCGACUAUCUAAAGUCUCAAGCAUUAUCUACAAGUCAUAAAAACCCUUCUUCUCUUAGUCUACAUCAUCCCAAUACAAGCACAAAUAGAUUCUGA